CAGACGACUAGUAGCCCCCGAGCUGAGCACGGAUGUGUAGUGUUGUGUUGAGGAUUACGAUAAUCGGAAUGGAAUUUGUGUCGCCGUGUGUGUGAAAGUGUCUAGGGAUAUUGUAACUGGAAAGCACCCUCUGUCACGAGCCGCCGAGCUAUAGUUACGUUUUUCUACAUAGACGUAGAGGGUUAUAAUUUAAAAAAUUUGGUUUUAAUAAAUAAAAGGAGAUCCUAAAAAAAGUACAAAACUUUCGUGUACAUUCUUCUCUUUCCAUCCUAUAAAAGCGCGACACCACCGACGCAUACAGCCGCGGAGUUUUAGCAGACUGGCCUGCAGAUGUCGCAAAAAUUGCAAAUUCGCACGAUACUCGGAAAAGGCGAGAAAAAGUAGCGAAACAUGGCAGUACAAUGUUAUUGAGGAUUCCACGAGUCGACACGGCGAGAGUAUUGCGCGUUCGAGGGAGAGCGAGAGAGAGGGAAGUACGUCGUGCCGCGACCGAGAAGGGAAAGGGCCCGUGAAGAGCGGCGAGGAAGGCGAGAAGGAGAUCGGUUGUGCUCGAGUGGCCGAAUCGAACGGCGAAGGUCAGGUUGCGACGACCCCGAGCAGGGACCAGAGUGACCAGAGAACGCGAGACGGACGAACGGGGGACUGGCAGAAGCGGGUGACGGUGACUGCGAAAAAUGCGUUCGAUCGCGACGAGUCAUCGCGGGUGUCAUGCAUCUCGUGGCAGGGAAUGACUCGUGCCCCCGCCCCAAAAAUAAGCGGCCCAGUACGGUUCGUCAUUGCGGUGGCUGAGGAGCACGAUCGACGGCGAUUUACCCUGACCUCCUCAGCACGACGGCCUGUCCAUCGGCGGCGGCAGCGAUCCGGGCACUCCCGUGCGUGACUCUUGGUUUUGUAUCAUUAGAAACUUAUAGAAUAUUAGAAAAAGGUGCCUACCAACGCUGAGAUCAAAUUGUUGCCAGUGUGUUGUGGAUUGAGGGGAAGAAUGUCACUGAAACCCAAGAAAGUAGACUUCACUCAAACCUGGGAUGUACUGCAAGAGACUGUGAGAGGAGUGAUAACACUAGCUAAUGUCUCACGAGCCACAUGGAACGAUAGAUUUAGUGACGUUUACUCCCUGUGCGUCGCGUAUCCCGAGCCACUGGCGGACCGUUUGUAUAACGAGACAAAAAGGUUUCUGGACAACCAUGUCUUCCAGUUAUUGACAGAGGUUCGCGCCCAGGGCGAGUCGGACCUGCUCCAGGCGUAUCAUCGUGCCUGGACAGAAUACUCGCAGGGCAUUAAUUAUCUGCACCGCUUAUACCUGUACCUCAAUCAGCAACACAUUAAGAAGCAAAAACUCUCGGAGGCGGAGCUCAUCUAUGGUGCGUCUUCCUCUAUGGCGGUCGACUACCAGGAGCAGAUGGAGAUCGGCGAGCUAGGUCUGGAUAUCUGGAAGAGGAAAAUGAUAGCCCCGCUUAGAAACUCGUUGGUUUCCCUCCUGCUCGAGAGUAUCCAGGCUGACAGAAACGGGGAAGCUCAGCCCGCCACCACCGACGUGAUUUGCGGUGUUAUUCAAAGCUUCGUGCGAGUAGAAGAGUACAAGUUGAAAGGACAAUUAGAUAUGUAUCAAGAAAUUUUCGAGGGUCCCUUUUUGGAAGCGAGCGGCGAGUUUUAUUCGAGAGAAGCGUGGGAGUUGCUGCAGCAAUUGGACGUCACGCGUUAUAUGGAACGAGUCACGUGGAGACUUAGUCAGGAGGAAUUACGUGCGCAUAAGUAUCUUCACUCAAGUUCCGUGCCGAAAGUGCGUUCCUCGUAUGUGAGAGCAUGCUGCGAGGAUAAAAUGGUUAAUGCGCAAGCGAGUUGGUUGCAUACAGAAGCUAAGAUCAUGAUAGAAAAUGAAAGCAGACGAGAUCUGUCACUCUUGUAUCCGCUGCUGAAGCCCUUGCCGUCGGGUUUAAGUCCACUUGUACAGAAGCUCACCCAACACAUUACGCAGCAAGGUCUACAGGCAAUCGGACCUUUACAAGGGGAAAAUGUAUAUACGCAAUUUGUGGAGAGCAUACUGGACGUACAUUCUAAGUAUACAGAAUUGAUCAAAGAUGUGUUCAAAGCGGAUCAGAGUUUUGUGGGUGCUCUUGACAAAGCUUGUUCCGCGAUCGUGAAUUACAGACCUGUGCCGAGGCAACCGGCGCGAGCACCCGAAUUGUUGGCGAAGUAUUGCGAUUCUCUACUGAAGAAGUCUGCCAAGGCUGCUUCUGAGAGCGAAAUAGAAGAGAAGUUGGCGCGCUCCAUCACCGUGUUCAAAUACGUGGAUGAUAAGGACGUGUUCCAGAAGUUCUACGCGCGCAUGCUGGCAAAACGAUUGAUACAUCAGCAGUCGCAGUCGAUGGACGCCGAGGAAGUGAUGAUCGAUCGGCUGAAGCAAGCGUGCGGCUACGAAUUCACGAAUAAACUGCAUCGUAUGUUUACCGACAUGUCCGUGUCGGCGGAUCUCAACACGAAGUUCACGACUACUUUGCGCGAGGGUGAUAGAGAGAAUCAAUUAGGCAUCGGUUUCGUGGUCUACGUUUUACAGGCGGGCGCUUGGCCGCUCGGCUUGCCGCCGUCUCCGGGGCCGUUUCACGUACCGCAGCAGUUGGAGAAGUCAGUGCAAGCUUUCGAGACGUUUUAUCAUGCGCAGUUUAGCGGUCGGAAACUCACAUGGCUUCACCAUUUGUGUCAGGGUGAGCUAAAGUUCAAUUAUCUGAAGAAGUCGUACCUCGUGACCGUGCAGACAUACCAAAUGGCGUUACUGCUCCUGUUUGAGCAUUGCGACGCGAUACAGUGCAGAGAAGCGGCCGCGUCCUUGCGUCUGUCGCACGAUCAGUUAGUAAAACAUGCCGCAAGCCUUGUCGACUGCAAGAUCCUCAUGAAAUCCACGGACGGUGAACUCGAGGAAGAUACCGUCCUCACGCUCAAUUUCGAUUACUACAAUAAGAGAACCAAGUUCCGUGUGACUGGCGCGCUGCAACGAGACGCGCCACAUGACGCGGAGGCCACGCAUCGCAGCGUGGACGAUGAUAGAAAAUUGUACCUGCAAGCAGCCAUAGUUCGCAUCAUGAAGAGUCGCAAGCUGUUGAGACACAAUCUACUUGUACAGGAGGUGCUGAGUCAAUCAAGAGUCACGUUCGCGCCUUCUAUCGGAAUGAUUAAGAAGUGCAUCGAAGCCCUUAUAGAUAAACAAUACAUUGAGCGUACAGCAAACAGCGCGGACGAGUAUUCAUAUGUCGCGUAACCUUCUAACAUCUGUCACUAAUUUAUUUCACUCGAGAUGCGUCCCACAAACAAUUUGCUGUGAAAAUAUCGAAGCUCCGAUCGGCCAUGGCUAAGUGAUAAAAUUACAGCGAUCGAUCACACUUUUUUCUCGACAUAAUCAAUCUGAAAAGAGGCAAGACAAAAAAAACAAUAAGACUCCGUGUCAAUGAAAGUUCCACAGAAAGCGAAUCUCAAAUGGCAUAAUAAAAGAUCGGGAAGAGCAUCUUAGAAGGCCGCUUAUUUGCUCUUUAGAUGGACCGAUUAAUACUUAGUUGAUUUACUGACUUGUAAUAUAUGCACACUGAAUAAAGAUGAUGUUACUAUUUUA